AGACAUGUGCUUUUCGGCUCAAGUAAGUUCUAUAGCAAGUUCUAGGCCUUCUCUGUGCUCCAUUUUGCUGGAGGCAGUCUUCUCCGUAUCAUAUUUAUAAACAAUCCAGCGGCGGAUACCCGAUGAAGUUGGCGAAGUCAAUCCAAAAGGCUAGUGCUUUAGAGACGCACUUCCAGAACAGACACCCGUUCCACUUGAUGUACAAAGAUGUCUUGGACGAAGUCGAAGAAGCCAGGGGCCACUUCGACCUUGCGAAUGUGUGGAGCCAUUUGGCGCCUGCAGGGAAUAUCUAUCGGCUCAAUGGCUUGCACCAGAUGAGACUGGCCCACUGUGCCGACCUGCAAUCCCAGCUGCGAGACGUGGCAGAGGAGCGCGCGGAGCUUCUGGGGCGAGACCGCUCUUUAGAAGAACGUUGCGACUUGCUACUCCAGGCUCUGAAGACAACCAAGGUGGGCCUCGCUCUUGGAAAGACCCAGAAGGAUACAGAGCUGGGCUGGGACGACCAGGUUCUGCAGACCGAUGGCUUUCCUGUCUUGGAGGAGUUUCUCGCGGAAAAAGUGGGUGGCUGGCCAAUCGUAGCUCCACUGACACCGUCCUCAUGGGAGUCAUGGUGGAGUGCCCAACUGGUUGGUUGGAUUGUAGCGCUGGUGCAAACCAUUGGGCCAGUUCUGGUGGUCCUGGGCCUAUGGGAGGGGAAUACCAACUAUUUGCAUGAUCCUGUAUCAACUUGGCAGCGCUUGUCUGUCAGCAGCAUCCUUUGCCCAAACCGACCGCUAUCAGAUUGGUGCACGAUCUUGAUGGGAGUCAUGUUCUCUUUUUUCGUCGUGGUACAGCUCCUCAACUACGCCGCCUCUGAACUGGAGGAUGUGUGGAAGUAUGGCCGCCUAGCUGGCUGCACCUCUUUCUGGUCCAUAGUAGGUGGUUACAUCAACGCCUGGUGUGUGCUGUGGAACAUUGUGGCCUUGCCUUUGUCCUUCUGGCGAAUGGAGCGUGCUACAGAUGUGAUCUUGGGCUCUUGGGGCCUUCUCUUCAUGUUCAAUUUGGACGACCUCACCGGCAUUGCCGGGCAAGUCCUGGGGAGCAAUGACCUGGAAUUUCAGCGCAGCCUUUGCUGGACCUAUGCAUUGCUCUCACAGUGCCCCGUGGAGCUCAAAGAUGUGGUCAACCCAGAGGCGCAGAACGUGGAGGAGCUUUGGAGCUUCACCCUGACAGAUGAAUCGCUUGUGUCCCAAGUCAUGAAACUGGGAACUCAACAGCUUGAUGCCGAGUGCUUCGCCAAGUUUGUGAAUAUGGUGGUGGACACCAAAUACCACGAACGGCCUGGAGCCAUCGACCGGCUGAAUGCGGUGUACCGGCGCAAGUUGAAGCACACUCGCUUCAGCAAUCCUGAGUUGAUUCUGACUUCGGGGAUGCCAAUGUUCCUCUUUGAUUUGAUGAAGACUUCAGUCCUCACCCGUUGGUUGGAUCGCAUCUCCCGCCUGCAUUUGCCACUCGAAGCAGGUGCCGUUGUUCGGACCGGCUUGGUCUUCGUGUCCGGGGCACAUGAUCGGGAUUGGCUACAGCCGGCUGAUGCAGCAAGAGCCUCCAAGAAUUUGGAGUGUUUGAAAUUGGUCGACCUUGUGUUGCGCCAUGAGCGCCCUAGUAGUUUGGAAGCAUUGACAGCAGAAGGGCUGCAACUGUUGGCAAGAGCGCGUGCUACAACCCUGCAACCUCCUGAUGAGCAUGACAUGCCAGAGCUUCCACAUGUUUAUGCAGGUCUCUCAAAGCUUUUUCGACAGCUUGGAGUUUUGUUGCAUCCCACAACUUGUGGCCCAUACCUGCUGGAGAUCGCAGAUCCACUUGGACACCUUGUAGUUGAAUGGGAUACGAGUUGGAAGCUAUACCCUCCCUGGCGGCAAGAGAGGCAUCGAGAGUUUGUCCAGCGGAAGCACUUCCAUCUUCGGGCCGAGGGCUGGAAACUGUUGCAGAUAUCGCUGGAAACUUACACUGCAUUCACUGAAGAGGAGAAGCUUCAUUUCCUGGACCAGUUCUGCAACGAGCAAGGCCUAAACCACUUGCGUGUGGGAUUCGGUCCACCCGAUGUGAAGAUCAAUCCAAUGCACCGACCAGAGUCGCAGCUUCUGAGAAGACGCCAUUGCUGGCAAAAGCUGCUGAGAAUCGAGUGCCAUCAAUGGACAAUAUGCGGGCAGUCAUGAGAUUCUCAGCGCGUGGCUACAACUAUCACCUGCCCAGCAACAACACAACCAUGCUGGCCUCUAUUUGGCAACUGAUCGUUUAUUGGUUGCGGCUCAUGCAGGUUUUGCUGCCCCUGUUCUUCUUCAUUGUGAACAAGCCUUGCCCAGCAGAUGGCCAUCCUAAGUCAUGAGCUCGCAAGUGGAUAUGUAGCUUCAGCUCAUGGUCGAACGCGGAGGGAUGGCUCCAAAAAUGGAAUCUGUCGAUUUCGAUGAUGAAACUGUGGCGUAUUCAGUGUUGCGUUUGCACUGCUCUUUGCGGAGCGGUAGUCUUUGCCUUUGAGACUUAGAGCUGAUUAAGAGCUAGGCAUCCCACCCAGAGUCAAUUUUUGAUCUUUGAUCAUGGCAAACAGCUGCAUACGCAAAAAACGUGUGAGAACAUCUCUUCCACCGUUUGGUGGCUUUUCCCUUCUUGUAGAACUCGUUUGCCCAAAGAUGCCCAGGGCCCAGCAUGCUUUGUACCAUGGCACCUCCCCGCCAGGCAGAGUAGGGCAAAAGUGAGACGUGGCCUGGUGUGGAACUGUGCAACCCGAGCUGUCAUGCGUGCUCCCGAAGCAUUUCACAUCCGAGCCAUGAGCCUGGUUGCAGCCUAAUCAUGAAUUACCAACUCUGAUUGAUAGA